AUGCUGAGCUUGGAAGAGGCAGACGGCGCAGGUAGCCCUCAACUCAAUCGAUUGGAGUGCCAUCAACUAUUGUACAAACAAUUGUCUCGAUGCGGCGGAUCCACGGUGCGUCGCGCGUGGCCUAUCGAAGCUCCUGAGAGUCUUUCGACGUAUGGGGACAAGCUUGAAGCUGCUUGGCUGAAAGUGUCUGCCGCAGCAACCCAUACAAUCUAUGCUUGUCUAUCGUACCCUAUAAGAAGACUGUGCGCGAACCUACAGACGGCUGCAUCAGUCUACGGAUACCUAGAUCCGGUGCGCGCAAUUACAUCGCUCAGGGCUGAUGACAGGAGGAAAAGUCUUUUCUUCUCACAAUGGAGCCUUAAAAAUGAAACUCCUGCGAGCACUGCAGGUGGUGCUGCAAGCUGUAUACAGGAUUCAUUCGCAGCAGAGUCCGUGAAGGCGAGGAUAUCUAGGCAAACGUCGUCGCCUUGUCUCCUAUUACCAUCUAUUCCGAUCAAAGCAUGCGCUGCUGGCGUUGUGGCACUAAUUUCAGGAGUCAUUGCCGCAGUAUUUGUGACGGGUAGCGUUGCACGGCUAAGCAGCGCCGUACUUGUUGGGGUUCCUGUGGGCAUGGCAGCGUGCUGCACCGUUCUCUGCGAUGUUAUUUCCAGGUGGAUUCAGGAACUUGAAGUCACCGUCAAAGCUUUUUCGGGGACUUGCACUGAGCCGCAGCAGCAACAUUCCGCUGGUACUGCUGGAAUUUCAUUACCCUGCACUGGAAAAAAUGAACGAUUGCGGAAGGAUUCGUGCGCACAGCCACAAGAGCCAGAAAUCACUGUUGAUCCUCCGUAUUUUGGAAAGCUUUUGGGCUCGGCGGCCCCAUACAGAACAGUGCCGGAGACUGGGUGUUUUCUGUCUAGUAGCCUUCGAAUGAAGGAACUUCCUGCUUCUCACUUGCGCUUUCGCCUCUACCAAGUAUUGGAUUGGCAGGAACGCGCCUUUUGCCACAUCUACGAUAACAUUUUGAGGCCAAAGGCAGGAGGUGGUCACCUUGCUUGGGCGAGCCACAUAGCCUUGGGGCCUUGGGGAACUGCAGAUGGAUCCACCUGUGGCAAUCGUCGGUUCGACGGCAGCAUUCGUUCUCUAAAAGACGCUUCAACCAGAAGCUGGCUUCUGCACUCGAGAAUAUGCACAGGAUUCCAAAUAGCAUUAAGAAAUUUGUUGUUCUCGUUAGAUGCCCGGUUCCGAUGGGGUUGCGUAGCUGUGGAGCAAAAAAUCCACAGUGAAGGGGGGAGAAGAGCACUUUUGCCUCCUACAGCUGCACCACAGCUGACUCGGCGGACCAACUGCACCCUGAGGCGGACUCUACUGGCGCAACAGCAGAAAAAUUCAGCUGAUUGCCGGUCACUUGGUGAAGAAGUAGAACGCGCAGGAAGAGUGCUGAGGAGCGAAGAAACUCCAGAAAGUCUGACUACAAAAAAUUCCAACUCUAGGCUUGGCAUCUGCAGAACCGUUGCCUCUUGCGCUCCUAGCAGACAAUGCGAACCAAGCGCACCGCGGGUGAAGCCAUCGGCUUCUGAGGUCAGAGAAGCUUUGCAUAGAUUUCCUUUCCUGGACUCUUGGACUGUAGACGUAUCCAGAGCGGUGGUUUGGGGGGUCUUUGGCUCUGUUGCUGUGUUAAAAGCUGUGUUUGACGGAAUAAGAGCUUCGUGGUGGCUAUUACAACGACUGAACCAACUCAGGCACGACCUCGCUGCGGCUACUUUAGUGGCGACAGAGGCAGCAAAUGCACUGCGGAUUAUUUUGGAGGAAGAUUGGGCAUCUUGCCCGGUCCGCUUGCCGCAGCCUCAGUGGGUGCCGUGGAUGUUUAAGAAUAUGGAAGAGCAGCUGAACAUCAGAGGGUCCCCCACCGAACCGCUACACUUGCUACCGUGUGCUGUUUCGCCUCCCGUGGCUGCACUUCAUGCCUGCAGCCCUCUCUCUGGAGUUUUGAGCCCGGCUCCCAGAACGGCACUUGCCUCGAUGAGUCGUAACAUUGCUGCAGCUCUUGCGAUCCUUCGCCUCCCCUCAAAUGCUUUCCUAUGGAAGGCAGAGGGCAUGCAGGGCAGCGCGGACGCCACCAGAGAUAGGAAUUAUUUUUGGCUUUCUCGUUGGAGGGCGAUGAUGUCAGGAUCUGCUGAGAGCACUACCACGGGGGGCCCUCGGUGCGCAUCAGCGAUGGCUGGGGGUGAACAGAGCAUUGGAGAUGCCAAGUUAUGUAGUGCAGUCCAGCUAGUUCUUCGCCACCUGCAUGCGGCUUCUGAGGAAGGAGAGAAACUUAUGCGGUUGUUGCGGCUGCCAGGCAAGGCCCCCGGACCUGUCGAUUCUUCAAGAUCACCUGUCGCUCCACAGGGGGUUCCUCCCAAGUCACUCGAGUGCAGCGAUGCUAAAGAAGAGACACAUUGCUGGUCGCAGUCAACAGUUGCUGAGCCUGUGCAGUGUCUCGAAGUGUAUACAGCAGUAGGGCAGGAGUCCAGCAGCAACAAGCGUCGGUUCCAAGAGGAAGCGGACCUGUUAGCAGCUUUCGAAGAUAAGGACCCUAUCGUGCAGGAACGCAGCCAGCUCACGCUGCGGGAGCUGAAGUUUAGGCUAAAAAGCAAGAACGAGGAGCAAAAGUGCUUUCCUCGCGUGGUAAAGGAGCUCUUGGUGGGUGCAACAGACUCGGAAGACGCCAGUGAUUCAAUUUUACGUGUUGUUACUGAGGGUAGUCACGCAUCGUGGAACUGUCCAGAAACAAAUGCCUUGCAUGAGUCCUCUGCCCCGCUCCCGGGAGAAAGCGGCCUUGAAAGAGAUUUUAAGAAUGCCUCUGUGUGCGGAAGUGAGAUCGAGGCAACCGUUGAUGAAGAAAGCCCUACUGCUAGGCAGGCUGCUGAAUCGUCAUCCUCAUCACCCCCCGCUGUCAGUGCCACACUCGAGGCCAUGAGCCUAUCAGAGGAAUGCUCUACGGAUGAAUCAAAGGUCUGGCUAGAAAAGGAGAACAUGGCUUUUCUAAUUCGUCAGCAGCAGCUCAAGGGGCCCUUGGCUAGAAAUUCUUGGCAGUCCCCCGAGUUCCUGGCUUCUCAGUCUCUCAUCUCUCAGCUCGAAGGCGAGCUAGUGCGGCGACGAACGAGUGUUUCGGGGGACGGAGAGAACGAUUGCCCCGCCACAGCACUUGGGGAAAUAUUUGCGGCAGAUUCGCAGCACAGGUGCGAUUCGGAAGGAAUCAAGGAAGGUACCUCGGCUCUCAGAGACGACCUAGCGAAUAGUGAGGAGUAGGCUGCGUGUGAUCUUAUUCAAGAAUCCGAUUUUGCUGCAGAAGCUCCAGUCUGA